AUGUCGAUUUUUAACCCCCUUCAUGUUGUUGUUGGACGAACCUACAUAUCACCUGGAUCUGGAUGCGUGUGUAUGGCUGGAAGAGCUUCAAGCAUAUUCUUGUGCUCAUCUCACAUUCUCAAGACUUUCUCAAUGGUGUGUGCACCAACAUUAUUCAUCUCCACUAGAGGAAGCUCAAGUUUUACAAUGAGAUCUGAUCCUAAGGCUUCUAUGGCUAACUAUGACCAGUAUGUAAAGACCAGGGAGGAGGUAGAUGAGAACCAGAUGAAGCGGUACAACUGGGAGCAGGACCAGACAUCUCACAUGAAGGAUUAUAUUUACAAAAACCUGGAGUUUGGCAUUGACUUGGACACACAAGUUGCACUUGUGGGUCCCAAUGGAGCAGGAAAGUCACUGAUGGGAGAGGUCAGUUAG